AUGUUCGCCCGUGCCGUCCGUCCUGCCGCCCACGCCGCCCGUGCCGCCCGCCGUAUUCCGGUCGCCCCGGCCCGCCGCCUCCUCUCCAACACCUCCCGUCCGGGUCCCGAGGUCGAGGCCGAGCACAGCAAGAACCUCGCUCUUGUGACUGGUGCCGUCGUCGCCCUCGUUACGGCGGGUAGCAUCGUCAGCGACCUGCGCAAGAACUACGUCCACCCUUCCGAGCCUACGGAGGAGGAGGUGGCCGAGGAGGAGGGUGAGGCUGAGGCGGCCGCUGAGGACGAGGGCGCCGUCAUGGUCGAAGCGGCGAUUGACAGCGUUAAGGAGAAGGCCAAGCAUGCCCUCUCUGCGGCCGACGCGGCCCUCGCCGACCUCAUCGCCGAGGCUGAAACCGCUCUCGGCUUGCACCCCGCGUCCGCGACCGACGCCCUCGCAGCCGAGGCCGCCAGCCAGGGCGCCUUCAACGAGGAGACUGGCGAAAUCAACUGGGACUGCCCCUGCCUCGGCGGCAUGGCGACCGGGCCCUGCGGCGAAGAGUUCAAGGCGGCCUUCUCGUGCUUCGUCUACUCGGAGGCCGAGCCAAAGGGCAUCGAGUGCGUCGAAAAGUUCAAGGCAAUGCAGGACUGCUUCCGCGAGCAUCCCGACGUGUAUGGCGAGGAGGAGGUCGAGGACGAGGCUGCCGAGGAGCCCCCAUCAGAGAGCAAGUAG